AUGAGUCACAAUAACCCGUUUGAAGAUACAAGUCAUAAUCCUUGGUCUGAUAGUGGGCCAAAAUAUGGGAAUGCAUAUGAAGGCAGUUCUUCUCCUGCACUUCCGCCAAGAGUUAAGGAAACACCAACUUUAGUCUCCAGCUCCCCUUAUGGCACUCAACGUAUGCCUUCUCCUUCAGCUUACCAACAACCACCUGUUGCAAAUGCUUGGCAAGAGUCCAACAAGACAUUGGAUGAGCCACAGCAUCAUACAAAUGCUUACCAGUAUUCUGGUACACCUUAUGCAAAUUCACCUACACUAGCCAAUGCUUAUUCUCCUCAGCCUACUCAUACUACUGCUACCAUUAAUGAUAUAAAUAAUAAUAAUAAUAAUAAUACCAAGGCAGAAUCUGUUAAUUUACCUUCAGCCACACGAACAAAGCCAUCCAAAUUGAGAGUGUUGCUUAGAAUUAUUUUGUUUAUCUUUGCUGUCGGACACUUGGGUUUUGCAGCAGGAGCAUCACCUGUAAGAUCCAACAAAAAGGGAAAUAACGUAUAA